CCGGGCAACCAGCCAACAUGCUGAGUCACCAUGUCGCACAGAGCUGCAUUUCAUGACGCGAAUUUUGUCAAUGACAAGAGGGUGCAAACGCCAGAAUAUCUCCCUAGGUAAAUCCUAUGCAGAAGAGCUUGUUGGAAGGAGCGGCCAUUGUGUGUUGCCCAAAGAUGGAGGUUGUCAAACUUAUGCAAGAACACUGGCUUUUGGCUGGAGUCCUGAUCUGCAUCUUUUGGCCAGCUUUAUUGAUCUUCUCGCCUGUCUACGUCCCACCAGUCCUGCUCUAUGUCCUGUAUGUAAGGUAUAACCAGUGGAAGGUGGAUCCAGGGCAAAGCAGUGAGGUUAGCAUUGGGAAGGGGGAACCGGUUGAUUGCACCACCACUGAGAAGCACGUUGUGACACCAGCAUCAGGAGCUCAAUUGCCUUCAGACAAGGCAUCUGAUCCUGCAUGCAAGCAUGUAGAGGAAGAUCGGAGUGCGGAAGUGGCUAAGAAAAGUGAAGAGAAGCAUGAGUCAUCCGAUCAGGAUGCUCUUCCAGACCAGGGAAGAUGCUCAGGAACGGGUUUUCAAAGUGACAUUGAUCAUCAGAAAAGGUCGCUGUUUUCACCAACCCAAGCCAACCUUUCAACCCAGGGCAAUGGUGAGGAGAGCAUGCAGGCUAAACAGUCAGGGAACUUGACGGCACAAGAUGUAGAUGUUCCUAGCUCCAAACCAUCAGCAACAAAGGCGGCAAACCCAGCCUUGGGCAAGCCUAAGAGCCAACCUCUCACAAUAUCUGUGAGCGCAGAUCCCCCAAAAAAACCCGCAGUAGUGUCUCCCAAGAAGCUUCCUGUAAGCUCUCCGAAGAAGUCAGCAGAUCACAUUGCAAAGAAGUUGGAAGUUGCACCAGCCAAGAAGCCUGCGGAGAAGCCAGUUGAUGGUUCUGCUGUUGCUAAGGGGACAGAAGCACCUGGCAAAGUGGUCGCGCAGCCCUCGAAGAAACAGUCCCUCGAUGCACCCAAGGCACUGGAGACGCCAAAGGAGCCUUCUGCAGUGGCAGGGCAUGAAGCGGAAAAUUCUCAUGCAGCUGCAGCGAGAACAAGCAGUGGAGAGGAUCAAGCUGUACAUGUACAGCUUCCUGCAUCUGGGAAGCAAGAACAGUCCCGCGCCCUGGAUACCAGAGCACGCCCCGUGCUGGCGGCUACAACGGAGUCUGCACCGUCUUCAUCAUCUGAACCAGUGCCGUCAGUUGCAAUCUCACCAAAAGAAACGAAGGGGAGCAAUGGUCAAGAAGGCAACGAGCAUAGAUCUGAUCACCACAAGUCCAAGUCCAAGAAAAAAAAGAAGAGUCAUGCAGGCAAGUAGGCUGAAAAAUAUUGUUUGCGAAGUUGCUGCAGAAGAUGGUAUUGUAGCAGUGUGUGCAAGUAACAGCAAGUCGGAAGAAAGAAGGGAAGCAUUGCAGAAGUUGCUAGGAGUUACGUAUGUGAGUGUGUUGGAAGACAAUACCCGUACUAGUUUCGCAUCUGUCGCCGGAGCCUGUAUGAAGACCGUCUUCAUACAAAAGUCCAGUCGGACUGAGCUCGCUGCCGCACGUUAGGCCAUUCUGAAUCCCUCAAGUGCAUUGCGAU